CUCCCUUUCCCCUGCAGAUGCCACUGUGAUAUGAGGCAAUGUUAAAUCCCAAAACUGAAAAAGCACGUUGGGCACAGUAGUGACUAUCUGAAACAGAUAUUCUUAAGGACGGAUGUUAUUCCCAGCUACUACCUCUGUUUGGUUGGAUAGGCUCGAGUCCCAAAUGGACUGGCUCGAAGAGGCGACGACUCAUCAAUGUAGGCAGAUUCAAUAGAGACAAUGGUGCACUUGGCGUAUCAGGAACUUCGCCAGUCAGCAGACCAUCCAAGUUCUUCGACACGCGUUAGAUUUACUUCGCCGAGUGGCUUGGAGAAGGAUGAGUACCGGACAUGGAAAGGUGCGCUGCUUGGCGGGGGUUUGUUGACCUUCCAGAAGGCCAUCGAACGCUCGCAGAUGAUGUGGAUGGUUGGGAAGGUCCAUGGCGAGCCCGAUCGGAUCCCUGUGUCAAUCCCUAUCUGCAAGAGGAAACAGGAAGUUACCCAAGUGACACCAACCAUUCAAUUUGGCGGAAGGGGGUUGUCAGAAGGCCUACACGAAGUGGCCGUCCAUGCGACCCAUGGGACCAAUGACGAACUCCAUACGAUCAUCCACCUCCAGGAGGAAGUGGCCGCUCAGACCCCUCCCUAG